CGCCACGCCCUACGCAUUUUUUAUCGAGAAACAAACGGAAAAUUUUGAUCCAAAGGAGAGAGUAAAAGAUCUAGAUGGAGAGAAGACAAGCGCGGAGCUCGAAGAUCCAUGUCUUUGUAUUGGUCUGUCUGAUACUGUUUAGCUCGAUCGAGCGAAUCUCAUCGCUCUCGGUUACUGUUAGCGACGAUGAAUGCGUACAAGAGUAUGUCCUCUACGAAGGAGAUAACGUCUCCGGAAACUUCGUCGUCGUCGACCAUGAUAUCUUCUGGGGAUCUGAUCAUCCCGGUUUGGAUUUCACGGUGACGUCACCUGCUGGGAACAUAGUACAUACGUUGAAGGGAACAUCAGGAGAUAAGUUUGAGUUCAAGGCACCAAGAAGUGGAAUGUACAAGUUUUGUUUCCACAACCCUUACUCUACUCCUGAAACUGUCUCCUUCUACAUUCACGUUGGUCAUAUCCCCAACGAGCAUGACUUAGCUAAAGACGAGCAUUUGGACCCGGUGAAUGUUAAGAUAGCUGAGCUGAGAGAGGCUUUGGAGUCUGUUGUUUCUGAGCAAAAGUAUUUGAAAGCACGUGAUACCCGUCACCGUCAUACAAAUGAGAGCACGAGAAAGCGAGUGAUAUUCUACACAGUAGGAGAGUAUAUAUUCCUAGCAGCAGCAAGUGGUCUUCAGGUUCUCUACAUCCGCAAGCUCUUCAGCAAGUCGGUUGCAUACAACAGAGUUUGAACAUAUAAUUUCAAGGUUUUAUCUCCUUUUUUAUUGUCUUGGAAUCGGUAAACACAAUCAUAAACAAGUGUUAGUUAAUUAAGACCCUAAUAGCUAAAAGACCUCCUUUAUUUUGUUUCCAGUGUCUACAAUCUUUAUUGGCUUAAGUUUACUUAUGUUUUAACAUGAAGAAACUUGAUAAGCUUACUAUAUUCUUGCUU